AUGGCGAAACGACUGAUCAGAGACCGUGGCAGAACGGAGAAACGUCGAAGAACCAGAGAUAACGAUGACCUGAAACAAGAACCCAUCGAUGAACCUGUCGAAGAUGCUCCCGAGCCAAUUGUCGAAGCUCCAAGUGAGGAUGAAGACGAAGGAGAUAUGGCUUAUCAAGCGUUAGUGACCAUCCUCAAGCUGGAACACAAGGAACCCAAGCCUAAAUCUACCAAGAAACAAGCCAAGGAAGAAGAGGAAGAUGAUGAUGAGGAGGACGACGAAGAGAACGCGGAAGAAGAAAGUGAUGAAGAGUUGGCAGGUGAGAACCUUGCCGAGAACGAUGACGAUGAUAACGAGGAGGAUGAAGAUGAUGAAGAGAUCGGUGGCAUCGACGAUGAGGAAGAUGCACAAGAUCCAUUUGAGUCUCACUUCAACGCGGCAUCGGAAGAGUUUGUCGCUAAAGCUGCUGACGAUGUCAAGAACAAGUGGAGGCUUGCUAAGAAGACUAGAGUGAAGAACUAUACUAUACUUGAGAACUUGCCUCCUCUUGAGAAGCCGUUACCCAUUGUGCCGAACCCAGAGAAGUUCCUCAAACAGAGAGUGAAGCUUGCUGUGGACUACCUGAUGGAGAAUGACCCUUUGGUAGAACCCAUGCUCAAUUACCAAGACAUCAACUAUGCCUACAAGUCACACACUAAUCUGAAGUACCGUCGUCUAUAUGCUACCCAUUGUGUCAACCAUGUGUACAAAACUCGGGAUCGCAUCCUCAAAAACACUGAAAGACUCCACGCCAACGAAGACCUUGAAGUGCGCGACCAAGGUUUCACUCGACCUAAAGUACUCAUCGUGUUGCCGACAAGAAACGCAGCUUAUGAGACCAUCGAACAACUCAUCAAGUUUCUGGGAGUGGAGCAAGUUGAGAACCACAAGCGGUUUUUGACCCAAUUCCACAGCACCGAGAAGGUUCCGGAAACUAAGCCCAAUGACUUUAAAGACGCUUUCAAAGGUAACCUGAAUGAUUUCUUUUGCAUUGGGCUCAAAUUCACCCGUAAGGCUGUCAAGCUUUACUCUGCAUUCUACUCCGCCGACAUCAUUGUUGCUUCGGCAAUUGGGCUCGCCCGGAUUCUUGAAAACCCCGACAAGACUAAACGUCAGUACGACUUUUUGUCAUCGAUUGAGGUGCUUGUGAUCGACCGUGCUAACCACAUUGAAAUGCAAAAUUGGGAUAACGUUCAAACCAUUUUGAAAUACAUUAAUAAGAUCCCAAAGGAAUUUCACAACGCCGACUUUUCCCGCAUUCGGAUGUGGAGUAUCAACGACCAGGCGGCCCUUUUCCGCCAAACACUUGUGUUCAGCGAGUUCACAACCCCUGCCAUUAAUAAUGUGAUUACUACUAAGCUGAAGAACCUUGCUGGGAAAAUUCGGUUCAAACCGGUGAUCACCGAAGCCAACUGCAUUAUGAACUCUGUGGCGCUUAGAAUCCACCAGAAGUUCACCCGGUUCCUGCUGUCAUCGCCCCAGGAAGACCCUGACGCUCGGUUCAAGCAUUUUACCAACGCGGUUCUCCCCAAUAUCUUCAAGACCUCAUCGUACGAAGAUGGUAUCCUUAUAUUCAUCCCCCUGUACUUUGACUACUUGCGAGUGAAAAAGCACAUGAAAGACAACACUCGCAUUCUGUUUGUUGCCCUUGACGAAUACCUGGACCAGCUGUCGCAGGAUCGUGCCCGUUAUCAAUUUAAUCUGGGGAAAGCCAAGGUGAUGUUAUAUACCGAGCGGUUCCACCACUUCCACCGAUUUGAGAUCCUGGGGGUGAAGCUGGUAUUCUUAUACGGGCUCCCACUGAACCCGUUAUUCUACAAUGAGUUGCUUAGAUGCAUGGGGAAGAUGGUGUUCAAAGAGCGGGCCGAGGCCGAAUUGUGUAUUUUGCGGGCGAUGUAUUCGAAAUGGGACACCCCUGCUCUUGAGCGCAUUGUUGGCAGUGAAAGAGCGGCGGUGAUGAUCAAUGGCAACGAGCUGUACGAGUUUAAGUAG